GAUCAACCAAUUCCCCGCACCUCUUUAAGCUGUGGCUUAAAAGGCUUCCACAGUGGCUAGCACCUAGUGCAGUCCCCACCAGUGCACGGCCGCACUUACCCCCUUCAAACAUAGAACAGACAUCUACAAACUGUCUCAGACGUCUAUGAAACCCACUGCGCCAUGGAGAAUACACCUCAAAUUAUGAGUGCCGCAGAGCUCGAGAUGCGUGCGGCUCGGGUCGCUGACCCAGGGAUAGAUUUGAAGACCAAGUAUGCUGUGGCUUGCGAGAUUCGAGACAUGAUCGAUACUGUGAGAGACAGUGAAUCCUCUCAUGUCGUGCCGCACAUGGUCCCCGUGCUCCUCGAGAUAUUACGUUCGGGAGAGCCAUCCUUCCAGAGAGACAGUUUGGAAUUCUCUUUCCGCCGUGUUCUGCUUGAAAUAUUGCACCGCAUCCCAACCGCUGAAAUCGUUCGUACACAAGCCAUCCCAAUGUACAAUGGUAUGCUCUACCUUAUUCGACACGACAAUGAAGAAAUUGCCAUAACAUGUUGCAAGACAAUCGUCGACAUCGCUCGAGCGUACAGGGGCAUAACCGAGGAGCAUGUAUCUGAGUUCCUGACCAUCGUGCUCGAACUUUACCACAACAUUCCGGGCCUUGUCGAAGAGUGUUUCUCUGAACAAUCUGCUGUUAUGGAUCCCAAUGUCGUACUUCCCGGAACACGCAGUUUCAAGGUGAUUGCUGAGAUGAUACAUGUUGUUGUGGCCUUCGCGCAGGCCAACAGGGCAGUAGUUCUGCCUAUGGUCCAACAAAACCUCCCAUCCUUCCUCGCUGUGUUGAACCUUGAAGCGCCUGCACAGAAGAAGGCGCGAGAAGAAUUUGAAGCUAGAGGAGGCCUGUGGGCUGGGAUGGCCCCCACCAUUCGUAAUCCACAGGCAUAUACAGAUUUCUUGUCCUCAGUCGUCAAAGUCAUGUCUUCUUUAGCGUUCUUCAUGCGUGCAUUCCCGGACCAGUUUGAAAUACAAGGAGAAGCCCUUGUCGGUAUAGCUGUCCGAGUGUUGCAAGACCUCCCUCCAAUGACGAUUAGCGUGCGAAAGGAGCUUUUCACAGUGUUUCGGUUCCUAUUCUCUUCUGGACCUCCAGCGCACAAGAAGGCAGCUCUGCCGUACCUGGAGAAAUUAUUCGACGAUCGCAUCGUUCUGGGACCUGCCAUGGGCAGCCAGGAAAACAUAAGAAUGACAGCCUACGGCGUCAUCGCCGACUUGGUUCAUUACAUUCGUAGUGACUUAUCUGCUUCUCAGCUCAUGAGAGCAUGUUCAAUCUUUCUCGGACAUCUACACAAUCCCUAUCUUACCAACCAACUCCAUAUACUCUCCGCGAAAGUCAUAUAUAAUCUCGUGGAACACAUUGUUGCGAAGGAAACUCCCCAAGUAGCGUCAAAGCUUUUGACGAACCUCUUGGAAUCUAGUGUAGACAGGCUGGAGUCCAUGGUCGUCGUACACGCCGAGGUUGUGGCAAGAGCCGAACGACUAAAGAAAGGAGAAGACGAUGCGGUGGAUAUUGCCUUCAUUGAGCGUUCACGACCAAUUGCCAACGCAAUCUACACUUCUGAGAAACCAGAAGAUGCAAUAGCAGAAUAUCGACUCGUGUUCCGUACCCUCCUUCAUGGAUUCCGUCAUAUUCUGACUGGUCUCAAAAAGUGCGAUGCUCCGGUUCCAGAUGGAACUAUUAUUGCGCGUUUGUUUGAUGGGUGUGUUCGCUGCAUGGCACUGUUCGACGGUGAAACGCGUGACUGGAAUGACGCAAUGGAAUGGUUGGGUGGCAUUCUAUCCGAAACAAACUUGCAUGUCUUCCAGGAAGUAUGGACACAGAAAGUAGCAUUCGUUUUCGAGGCUGCACAGAAGCGUCCAUCCUUGACGCAGAUCGCGCAGAGCCUCUUCACCCGAGAGCUAACUUCACCUAGUCUUGUCUCCAUCGUACUCCGAUAUCUCAUCGGGAAGCUGCCAGAGUUGGGUGACUACGAUGACCAGACAGCCGCCGUGACGAUCAGGAUGUACAAGAUGGUCUUCGGCGCUGUGGGGCUAUACCCAGGUGCUAACGAACCAAUCCUCGCGUCUCAUCUAGGCAAACUUGUCAUGGACUGUUUCCCGCUGGCGGCUAAAUCAUCCAAGCCCACGAACUACUUCCACCUUCUCAGAGCUCUGUUCAGAGCUAUCGGAGGGGGAGGCGGAAGGUUCGAGCUCAUCUACAAGGAGGUUCUCCCUCUUCUCCCCGAAAUGCUCGAAUGCCUGAAUAGACAACUUCUUGCUUCUGAAGGUUUGACCAGGGAUAUGAUUGUCGAGCUAUGUCUGACAGUGCCGCUACGGCUCACUCAUCUUCUCCCCUACCUCACUUAUCUCAUGCAACCUCUCGCUCUUGCGCUUCGAGGCAGCCCUGAGUUGGUCUCACAGGGGCUACGAACUUUGGAGUUAUGCAUCGACAACCUUAUUCCCGACUUCCUGGAUCCAACCUUGAACACCGUUUUACGCGAGCUUAUGGAGGCUCUUCAUAGUCACUUGAAGCCCCUUCCCGCCAGUCAUCACCAUUCACAUACCACAAUCCGAAUUCUGGGCAAGCUUGGCGGACGCAAUCGCAGUCUUUUGUACAAGGAGCCUGCAAUGAAAUACCAUGACUAUUCCGAAACUGCCAAAGUUCGCUUGUCCUUUGGAAGUUCCGCUGGCUAUCUGGAGUUAGGGCCAGUGUCGACUCUGGCUUCUCGUACGUUGACUAUGGGCAAGUCGGGGGCCCCAUAUCGUCUCUUUGCAUAUGAUUAUCUCCGGCAAUGCUUGACUCUACUACUAAUAGAGGGAGUUAACAGUCGAGACCGAGAACAACUGAUGGUCAGAUGUCUUGAAGGAGUAUUUGAUGCCAUACAUGCGCCAGAGCUACAAGACCAAUCAUUCGAGUGCGCCCGGGAAUUCUCCUACUAUAUCCUGACGUUUGAAGUCAGACGGCUAAGCAAGGACACGUCUAUCCGGCGGUACCCCAGUGCUAUAUUCUCCUGCUUCCUCGACUCCCUACCCCAUGGGCUUUCUCGUGACAACCCAGCGGAGGCAAAACGAACAGAAGAACUCAUGUCUUCCCUUCUCCAUGAUCUUUCAAGCAUGAAGGGACUAUCGGAUGCAGGUCCCACAGAUGUUCUUAACGUACUCCAUCACGUCGCCACUCGCUUCUGUGCGAUGUGUCUUGAAGAAUCUACGACUCGAAAGAAGACUGGCUGCACUGGUAUCAGGCUUCUGACAGAGAUACCUGAGUUGGGUACCAGGUGGAUAACUGACCGCAUAGUCGAUGUGCUGCGGACCCUCCUUCAUGUCCUUAAGGCCAUGCCCUAUGAUCUUCCACAGGAGGUAGAUACUGUGUACGACAUCUUGGUGAAGGUCAUGCGCGUCAGUAGCCAUGACCUUGCGACUGCUGAUGAAGCCGCACUCACCUCCAAGAACAAGCUGAUCGCGAUUUCGGGUAUACUCUUCGCAGAAUUGUCAAGUUCGAACCCCAUUGUGCGACGCGUCGCUCAGAAAUGCAUCGACCUGCUGGUCGAGUUGAGUGGUAAAACCACUGUCGAGCUCCUAGUUCCCCAUCGAGAGAGAAUGUUGACUGCAAUUUAUACGAAACCGCUUCGUGCGCUCCCUUUCAACAUUCAAAUCGGCAUGAUCGAGGCAGUGCGAUACUGCCUGAGCACACAUCCUCCCCUUCCGGAACUCAACGAUGAAUUACUUCGCUUACUGCAUGAAGCCUUGGCCCUAGCAGAUGCAGAUGACACGGCUCUCCUAGGCAGAGGUAAUUUGCGCCAGGGCAGCUUAGAGAUCGUCAAGCUACGCGUUGCCUGUAUCAAGCUCCUCACAGCAUCCAUGCCUCUCACCGAUUUCUUCUCGAAGCAGCCUCAAACGCGCCAAAGAGUCACGAGUGUGUAUUUCAAGUCUCUGUAUUCUCCGACGUUGGAAGUCAAAGAAGUUGCUCAUGAGGGCAUGCGCAUGGUCCUCACACACCAGUCCAGGUUGCCGAAGGAACUCCUUCAGACCGGACUGCGACCGAUCCUUCUGAACCUCUCUGACUCGAAGAAACUCUCAAUACCUGGUCUAGAGGGCUUGGCACGGCUGCUUGAGCUGCUGACCAACUAUUUCAAGGUUGAGAUCGGCAACAAGCUGCUAGAUCAUUUCCGUAUUGUUGCUGAUCCUCAGACUUUGCAAGCCUCGUCGAAGUUGCCUGUCACGGAGAAUGAAAACAUCACGAAGUUGGUCAGACUGGCGAACAUUUUCCACUUGCUUCCCCCCGCUGCCCACGUCUUCCUUGAGAAUCUUGUUAAUGCCAUCGUGCAAACUGAGUCGCACAUGCACUUCUCUGGCCAGAGUCCUUUCUCCGAACCACUGGCCAAGUAUCUUGACCGUUACCCCGUAGAAGCUAUCGACUUCUUCAUACGACAUCUUCACUUCCCUCGUCAUGUUCGGACCUUCAGAAGUAUCCUACAAGCAAAGCUUGCACCAAACCUUUUGCGAGAGCUCGUGUCUCGGACCUCAAUCAUAGUGUCGGGAUGUCUAGAGCGCAGAGAUCCUGCACUGUUACUGCCUGGGCUGAUGCUCUGUUCAGACUUGGCGGAUCUGGUCCCGGGGUGGCUGACGGACAAUCCGUAUGUUGUGCAUACACUCGUGAACCUUUGGAGGAUAGAAUCCGCCUUGCAGGAACGUAACUCCAUAUUGCAGAGCGAGCUGAACCAACGGUACUCUCUCAUACUUUCGAUUUUCGUCCGGGCAUCGGAGCAAUCUCCUCGCAUUGACCUCCUUUUCGAAAUGGUGUCUGUUUUCGCUCGCGAACAACCAUUCGAUCUUGUUCGACCCGCGCAGUUUCUUUAUCGGCAUGUCGCUCUGAAUGACAGCCUGAUGUAUCGACGCAAUGUUCUAAUCAGGUUCCAGCUUUGGUUCGUGAAUCCGGCCAUUACGUGGACCCAGAAGACCCACGUGCUCCGAUUCAUCGUCACCCCUACCCUCCUGAUUCAAGCGUCGAAGUCGCCAAAAGAGGGCCUCCUUGAUCAGGAUAUUGUCAACUGGAUUCACCGUCAUAUAUGGAUACCUAUGAAUGACAGCACCACCUUUUCCGAGGCCGGAGAUACUUUCACGAUCGAGCUUCUUUACCUGACAACUGCUAUGGUCCACAAGUAUCCCGACCUGCUAGAAGAUGCGAAGAAGGAUAUCAUCAAGUGUGCCUGGCAUUUCAUCACAAGCGAAGAUCCCGUCGUGAAGCAAACCGCCUAUUUACUCGCUGCUCGAUUCUUCGAGGCAUUCCCUGGUCCCCAGAAGUUCAUUCUGCGGGUAUGGACUGGGCUUCUUCGUCCACCCCAGGUGGAAGGCAAGUCUCUCAUUCGUCAAGCUCUGGACAUCCUCGCUCCCGUGUUAGCGCGCAGUCAAUCUUCCGAACCCGGUUUCCCGCAGUGGGCCAAGACUACAAGACGAAUUCUGGCGGAAGAAGGCAGUGGUUGGUCACAAAUUAUCUUGAUAUACCAGCUAAUCAUACGUCAACCCGCGCUCUUCUAUCCUGUGCGGGCUCUGUUCGUUCCUCAUAUCGUCAACUAUCUUCCAAAGCUAGGUCUGACAACGGGAGCGAAUUCGGACAUGCGCCUACUCUCCAUUGAUUUGUUGCAAGUGAUCUUCGACUGGGAGCAACAGGCUUCAUCUGCUCAUGCGGACGAGGACGCCGUUUCCGACGAUGAUGUAGGCCACUCGGCGACCUGGCUUACCCCACUCGCUUUCCGCGAGUCGAUGGUCAGUUACCUAGUGAGAAUAGCCGGUCAAGACCCUCAACCAAGAAGUGGGUUGACCACACGUGCAUUGUCUCUCCUUAAGGCCGUUAUCAGCCCCACAAAUGGAUGGACGGAUGUAAACGUCCAACUUCAUUUCUUCGCUCGCACGCUACACCAGAAUGAACUCAAUAGCGACCAAGCCCUUGCCCAAGCUGUGAGCGCCGCCAAAGUAUUGCAGGUCGUCGCUGCUGAGAAAGAUGAUUCAUGGUAUACCGAGAAUGUCGACAUUCUCACCAAGUUGGUUAAGAAGGGCAUGGUCACUGACGAUGGGGCCUUGCUCGAAGCUUUGCAUCCGGUCUUUGAUCGAUUGGUACAUCUAUUCCCUCUUCCAAAAGAAGACGAGGAAUUACAAGGGCCCGUGGCUGAGUUCCACAGCUAUAUCCACAAUACAGUGUCUGACGGUCUGCGUAACGGCAGCAACCUCCGAGGAGUUCUUCUAAUGCUCAAAUCAGCUGUGCAGGUGACACCGGAGCGUGUUGAAUCUUUCAGCGCACCUCUGAUGAAGCUUCUUGCCAUCAAGGCUCGAGAUCACCUUCAAUCUUCGCCUUCGACGCCGGGAUUCGAAGUUCUGGUACGGUUACUUACGCAAAUACUGGAUAUCUCACAGCUUGCUGUGGCACAUCUGGGCGAGCAGAGAAAAUUCCUCUUGCAAUCACUUGUCGCACUGGUGGAGAAGUCUAAGAGUGUUACAAUGUGCCGAUAUCUGCUCGAUCUAGCACGCGAUUGGGCAUUGAAUAGGCGGGAACCUAUUCCGACGAUGAAGGAAAAGGCAACUCUACUAGGGCGAAUGACCACGUUCGAACUACGCGGGGAACGGGGUGAGGUUCUGUUCAACAAUUACCUCGAACUUGUAUACGACAUCUACACGGACACCACUCUUCGUCGGAGUGACCUUACUGUGCGCCUCGAGCAAUCCUUCCUUCUGGGAUGCAGGUCAACGGAUGCGAGACUACGGGAGCGCUUCAUUGAUCUUCUGGAUGUCAGCGUCCCUCGCUCCCUGUUCAGUCGUCUAUCCUACAUAUUAGGUUCUCAAAGCUGGGAGCCGCUUGCUGACCAUCAUUGGAUUUAUCUCGCCCUGCACCUUCUCCUUGGAAGUCUUGACGGUGAACAGAGCAUCUCGUCUGAACGAAAAAUUGGUUCUGCCCCUCUCCCAGUUGCACUUGGCCGGGCUUCGGCAAUGAUUCGCCCGAUGCAAAGGUUGCUGUUCCUCGAUUCCACAGCUGCCCAUGAGGCAUGGAUAUCAAUCUUCCCUGCUGUUUGGAGCUCUCUGUCCCGCAGAGAACAAGUUGAUAUCAACCACCAUAUGAUCACGCUACUCAGCAAAGACUACCAUAUCAACCAAGCCGAUUUGCGGCCCAACAUUAUUCAAACGCUUCUCACUGGUGCGCUUGCUUGUUCUCCACCACUCACGCUUCCUCCACAUCUGGUGAAGUAUCUCGCGAAGAAUUUUGGUGCGUGGCACGUGGCAAUUGAGCUUCUACAAGCAUCAUUAGACCAUGUCCGAGAGGAUGAACUCAUUGUUCGAGAAACGGUUUUCGACUCUCUGGCGGAGGUGUACGCGGAACUGGGAGAAGAGGACAUGUUCUACGGAUUGUGGCGAAGACGAAGUCUGCAUACGGAAACGAGUGAAGCUCUGUCGUACGAACAGAUUGGCAUGUGGGAACAGGCGGAGAAUCUCUACGAGACUGCACAAAGCAAGGCUCGAGCAGGUAUCAUCCCCUUUUCGGAACCGGAGUACUGCCUAUGGGAGGAUCACUGGAUCCUAGCGGCGGAAAAACUGCAACAAUGGGACACUUUAUAUGAACUUGCCCGGAGUGAGAACAAUCAUGAACUACUCCUGGAAAGUGCUUGGCGAAUCAAGGACUGGCCAGAGAACUGGGAGUCGUUGGAGGAACAGAUCAGCCAACUUCCCGAUGUGGCCACACCACGUCGACGCGUGUUUGAGGCAUUCAUAUCCUUGUUGAAGACCUCCAGUGCGACGGAACGAGACAAGAAUAAUACCGACUUCACGCGACUCCUCGAGGAUGCCAUGCAAUUGUCCCUACGCAAAUGGAUCACUCUUCCUCCUCAGCUUACACAUGCUCAUGUUCCGCUCUUACAACACUUCCAGCAAUUCGUAGAAUUGCAAGAGGCUGUGCAAAUUUUUGGUUCUUUGACGACGACAACAGCGGCAAAUCUGGAGAAAAAGUCACAAGAUCUGAAGAUGGUCCUGCAGGCAUGGCGUGAACGUCUUCCGGAACAGAGUGACGAUAUCAGCAUUUGGAGUGAUCUUGUUGCAUGGCGCCAGAAUGUUUUCAAUGCUAUCAACAAAGCCUAUAUUCCAUUGAUCACACCCAAUCAAGGUGGUGCCGCUGCUGGAAGUACAAACACCUACGGAUAUCGAGGAUACCACGAGACCGCGUGGAUCAUCAAUCGUUUCGCCCACGUCGCUCGAAAGCAUGACCUUUUGGAUGUUUGCUUCAAUUCCCUCAAUAAGAUCUAUACCCUGCCCAACAUCGAGAUUUCGGAGGCCUUCCUGAAGCUGCGCGAACAAGCUCGAUGUCACUAUCAAAAACCUGGAGAUUUGCAGGCCGGAUUGGAGGUCAUCAACAACACUAACUUGAUGUACUUUUCCACGAAUCAGAAGGCCGAAUUUUACACCCUGAAGGGCAUGUUCCACGCCAAAUUUGGUCGAAAUGAAGAGGCGAAUCAGGCUUUCGGCCAGGCUGUACAACUGGAUAUGACGCAGGCAAAGGCAUGGGCCUCUUGGGGCAGGUUCAACGAUCGGAUGUUCAAGGAGCAUCCGACAGAAAUGUCGCACGCCGCCAGUGCUGUUAGUUGCUAUCUUCAAGCUGCAGGCCUCUACAAGAAUCACAAGAGCCGGCCCUUACUAGUUCGAGUCCUAUGGCUACUCAGUGUAGACGAUAAUCAGUUCACGAUCUCGCGCAAUUUCGACACCUACAAAGGCGAUGCCGCGUUCUGGUACUGGAUCACUCUUAUACCCCAGCUUUGUCUGUCCAUCUCGCAACGGGAGGUAAAACAAGCUCGUUACAUCUUGUUGAAUUUGGCAAAGCUGUAUCCACAAGCCUUGUUCUUCCCAUUGCGUACAACCCGGGAGGAGAUGAUGCUACUCAAACGUCAAGCUGCCGCAACUCCUCGAGCGCAGAGUCAAAGUCAUUCUGCUUCUGGAACGCCAGGAGAGGUGAAGCGUGACCCUGAUCAUCCCAUGCAAGAUGCAGAGUCGGCUUCCGACGUCAAGCCGAACGUAACUGAGGAUGCCAAUGGCACCGCUCAUGCCGUUCACACUGCUGUUUCUAAUCCGAUGCGACAAUCUUGGGACUAUGUCGAAGAAGUCGUGCAGAUCCUCAAGACUGCCUUCCCUCUACUCAUCAUGAGCAUGGAAACUAUUGUUGAGCAGAUUGGUGCAAGGUUCAAAGCAAGUCCCGAAGAAGAUUACUACCGAUUUGUCUGUAUGCUGCUUCAAGACGCAGUGCAUCAGUACGUUUUACGAAUGGCGGUCAUUGACGACGAUGGUUCUUUAUCGCCUCAAACUGUCGCGUCUCUGACUCGGUUGGCAUCAAAUCUAGCUGGCCAGGCUCGUAGGGAUUACGACGAAGACUUCUUGAAGACGAAGUUGUCGUUGCAUGACUACAUCCGUCGACUCCAACAGUGGCGUGACAAAUACGAGAAGCAGCUGGACAGUCGGCCCCGUAUUCAGUCUUUGGACAUGCUAAGCCAUUUCCUCACUGACUUCCAAUACAAUAAAUUCGAUGAGAUUGAAGUUCCCGGACAGUACACAGAGGACAAGAACACGAACCAGAACUUCGUCAGAAUUCAGAAGUUCGAUCCCAAGUUCGAGAAUUGCCGGUCACAUGGGUAUUGUUGGCGAAGGAUCACCAUUCACGGCAACGACAACUCCAAGACAUCCUUCGCCGUGCAGCUGCCUUCUGGUCGACAUACGCGAAGGGAGGAGCGAGUGAUGCAACUAUUCCGCACUUUCAACGGAGUGCUAUACCGCAAAAAGGAGAGCCGUAAACGCAAUCUCCGGUUCCACAUUCCAGCUGCAGUUUGUUGUGGGCCCAGUCUCCGAUUGCUAGAGAAUGAUUCCUCCUACAUCACUCUGUUCGAUAUCUACGAGCAGCACUGCAAGAGCAAUGGUCUUACCACUGAAGACGCUAUCUUCCUGGUCGGCGAGAAAGCCAGAAUUGCUCUGCGGGAUUUCAGGCAAAACAAUCAGCGGAAUCCAUCGAAGGGUGAAUACUUGACGCUAAAAAAGGAGCUGUUCGAUGAAGUCACUGCAAAGAUUGCCCCAGAGGAUGUCGUCACUCGCUAUAUGAUUCGUACAAUGGAUAGUCCUAGCGAACUGUGGCUGAUGCGCAAGCAGUUCGCCUUGCAAGUUGCUACCGCCAGUUUCAUGACAUUCAUUCUAUGCCUCACAAGUCGAGUGCCUGCACGCUUCCACAUCUCUCGUACCACCGGUCUUAUUGCCAUGAGUGAGAUGAUUCCAGGAAUGCUUAAUAACGCACCCAUCUUCGGUUCCAACGAUGCCGUUCCCUUCCGCCUCACGCCCAAUAUGCAACACUUUAUCGGCCCUAUUUACUUGGAAGGUCUAAUGACGGCCGGUUUGGUAUCUGUUGCGCGGAGUCUCACAGAUCCAGAGUAUGAACUCGAUCAGCAACUGUGCCUGUUCGCCAGAGAUGAGGUGAUGACUUGGUUGCACACCCGCAGAGAACCUUGGGCCACGUCCGAUAUUUCCUUCCGCAACAAGGUUGCAGCAUGUAUCGACGGUGUGGUGAAACGGGCGGAAAUCGCAGCGUGCAGCGUCGCGAGAGAACAGGCACAGACUCAAGGCGCUAUCGGACCUAAUUCAAUACCUGUUCUCAAGCUGGCGACAGACUUAAUCUCGACUGCUACCAACCCCAUCCUGCUUCUGAAAAUGACUGAGAUGUUCACUCCCUGGUUCUAGUUUUUCUUAGGCGUAUCUUUUGCUUUCGGCUUUCGUGCUUUCAUGUUUUGAAUGAUAGGAUUUCUCACGACACGUGUGUAUUUGUAGCAUUAUUUAAUGUACAACAAGAAUAUUACGAUACUACAGACGAUGGAACCCCUCUGUCUGUCGAAAGG